AGCGCCGACUUCCACUACGCCGGUUCCCAUUUUUUCGCCACUCCGAGAGAGAGAGAGGAGAGAGGAGAGAGGAGAGAGAGAGAGCAGGGGAAAUGGCGGAGGCGGACAUCGACGACCUUCCCAGGAACGACGCCAACCACACGGCUCUCACGCCGCUCUGGUUCCUUGACCGCGCCGCCCUCGUCCACCCGAACCGCCUCUCCGUCGUCCACGGCUCCCGCCGCUUCACCUGGGCAGAGACCUACCGGCGGUGCCGCCGCUUCGCCUCCGCCCUGCACUCUCGCUCGAUCGGCCACGGCAAGACGGUAGCUGUAAUUGCACCCAACAUCCCAGCAAUUUACGAAGCUCAUUUCGGCAUUCCAAUGGCCGGGGCAGUAUUGAACACCAUUAACAUUCGGCUAAAUGCUGCCACUAUUGCAUUUUUGCUGGGUCAUUCUUCUGCAUCUGUUGUCAUAGUCGACCAGGAGUUCUUCACACUAGCCGAGGAAGCUCUUAAGAUCAUCGCUGACGAAAAGAAAGCAGCAUUCAAGCCUCCUAUUCUUAUUGUGGUCGGCGAUGAAACAUGCGAUCCUAGCUCUCUCAAAUAUGCUAUUGGAAAAGGUGCGAUCGAGUACGAGAAAUUCCUAGGGUCCGGGGACCCUGAUUUUGCCUGGAAGCCUCCGAAGGAUGAGUGGCACAGCAUCGCCCUGGGUUACACUUCUGGCACCACAUCCAGCCCUAAGGGAGUGGUGCUGCAUCACCGGGGAGCUUAUCUAAUGGCUCUCAGUUGCGCUUUGAUAUGGAAUAUGACCGAAGGAGCCAUCUACUUAUGGACUUUGCCGAUGUUUCACUGCAACGGGUGGUGUUAUGCUUGGACCCUGGCCGCACUUUGUGGGACGAGUAUAUGCCUACGCCAGGUGACACCCAAGGCUGUUUACUCCGCGAUAGCCCAUCAAGGCGUUUCCUACUUUUGUGCUGCUCCUGUCGUCUUAAACUCGAUCGUCAAUGCCCCUCCAAGCGACACUAUUUUGCCUCUCCCGCGAGUUGUGAAUGUCAACACUGCCGGUGCUGCUCCGCCGCCAUCGCUCCUCGCAGAUAUGACCAAACUUGGUUUCCGAGUCACCCACACGUAUGGCUUGUCAGAGACAUUCGGUCCGUCGGUUCUUUGUGCAUGGAAGCCUGAAUGGGAUCAGCUUCCGCUCGAUGAACGGACACGCCUCCAUUCCCGCCAAGGCGUCCGCUAUGUUGGCCUAGAAGGCCUUGACGUCGUUAACUUGAAAACCAUGGAGCCGGUCCCUGCAGAUGGUGCCACACUCGGCGAAAUUGUCAUGCGAGGGAACGUCGUCAUGAAGGGCUACCUGAAGAACCCAAAGGCCAAUGCCGAGACCUUCGCUGGUGGUUGGUACCAUUCCGGUGACAUAGGCGUGAAGCAUCCAGACGGAUACAUAGAAGUCAAAGAUCGCGCAAAGGAUAUUAUCAUCUCAGGGGGCGAGAACAUCAGUAGCUUGGAGGUGGAGAGCCUUAUGUACAUGCAUUCUGCGAUACUUGAGGUCUCGGUGGUGGCCCGACCGGACGAGCAGUGGGGGGAGUCACCAUGCGCAUUUGUAACCUUGAAGGACGGCAUCGACUCUUCAAACGAGCAGGCACUGGCAGAGAGCAUCAUCAAGUUCUGCCGUGCAAAAAUGCCGGCCUACUGGGUCCCCAAAUCCGUCGUCUUCGGGCCGUUGCCGAAGACGGCGACUGGGAAGAUCAAGAAGAACGAACUGCGGGAAAAGGCCAAGGCCAUGGGACCAGUGAAGAAAAGUAGGCUGUAAAUUUUCAGAUUGUUUGCUGCCGUUUUCCAUAUUCAUUCCAUCAUGAUCUUCGACUCUUGCUGUUUUUGUUAGUGGUCUGUAACCUUAUAUCUUCUUGUGGUCCCUAAUAAAAUCGGAAAUAAAUUAUGCGA